AUGUCCAACACUUCUCUCCAGUAUCAACUUCUCGAAAAGGGCGGCCAGUUCUCUCUGGUGUCGGUCCCGGCUUCAGCACCUGGUCCCAAUGAGAUCUCCAUCCGUACCAAAGCCGUAGGCUUGAACGGCCUGGAUUGGAAAAACCGUGCCUUCGGAACUAUGAUCCAGGCAUGGCCCGCUGUGCUGGGUAUUGAUGCCGCUGGUAUUGUCGAAGCUGUUGGAGAUGCCGUCCAAGGUUUCCAAGUAGGAGACGAGGUCUUUAGCCUGGCCGGCAUGGAAGCGAAAGCCGGAGCUUUUCAAGAGAUCUAUACGGUCCCCGCACACUUUGUGACCAUGAAGCCCGCUGCAUUGACAUUUGAGGAAGCAGCAUCGCUACCAAUCGUUACCAUGACUGCCGCCGCUGCAGUGACGGUGGGCUUGCAUCUGCCACUGCCACAUCUCGACCCAGAUAGUGUCAGCAAGUACAAACUGGAAUCUAUUCUUGUGCUGGGAGGUAGCUCCGGCAUUGGUGCAGCCGCUAUCCAAUAUCUGCGCCUGGCGCUGCCUGGAGCCACUAUUCUGACAACAAGCUCUAAGCAACACCAUAAGCGUUUACUCUUUCUAGGCGCAACGCAGUGCUUUGAGAGAUCUGCGCAGGAGGAUACAGCUGCGAUGACGGCCGCGACACCUGGUAGUGCAGGCGUUGACGCCAUCCUCGAUGUUGUUGGAGCUGCGGCUCAUCAGCCGGCUGUUUUUACGGCUCUGAACCCGGGUGGUUCUCAAUUGUAUUCUCAGGUUGUCACGGGCCAAAACGUUAAUGUUCCACAUGGGGUGAAUGGUACUGCAGUUUUUGGCCGCCAGAUAUUCGGUACCAACGGGGGACAAGCUGUGCUGCAGGGACUGGUUCGCUUAUUUGAAAGUGGUCAGUUCAAGCUGCCGACUAAUGUCGAAGUGGUGGGAAAGGGAUUCGAGGCCAUACAGCCUAGUCUAGAGAGGUUGAUGAAGGACGGAGUCAGUGGUAACAAGUUUGUAGUUAGUGUGUAG